AUGAGCAGCAGCAGCAGCAGGUCGGUACUUAAGCUGCAGCUGGGGCUGCAGCAAGCAGCAGCACUCCACAUGGCGGUGCAGCAGGGCCUCAAGUCCCCAGCUGCUGCUGCGUUCGUGUGCUGGCGCAGCAGCAGCAACAGCAGCAGCAGAAGCAGCAGAAACGGCAGCAGUUGGUGCAGCAGCAGAAGCAGCAGAAACUUCAGCAGCUGGUACAGCAGCAGCAUCUCAAACAGCAGCAAUUGCUGCCGCGUGCGUGAGUUGCAGCAACAAAGACAGCUGCUGUCUUGGAGGAGCAGCAGCAGCAGCAGCAACAGCAGAAGCAGCAGCCGCUGCUUCUCAUCACGGCCGAAACAUUCAAAAGGGGAACCUCAGAUGCAGCAGCAGCAAGACCAGCAGCAGCAGCAGCAGCAGCAGCAAGGUCAGACACAACAGCAGCAGGAGCACGAGCAGCCUCAGCAAAGGUCAAAGCAGCAGCACCAAGAUGAGCAGCAACAACAGCAGCAGCCGCAGCAGCAGCAUCAAGAACAGCAGCAGCAGCAGCAGCAGCGGGACGAUAGCGCAGCAGCGCCAAUAGCUCAUAUGCCCAUGACAGCUGCAGCAAAAGCAGCAGCAGCUGCUGCUGCUGCUGCUGCUAGGCCGGAUCUGAAUGCCUUGCGGUUCCCCAGUGUUGAAGCUGCAGCAGCACGCGCUGCUCAUCGGCACGAGGUGGAAGCAGCAGCAGCAGCAGCUGCUGCUGCUGCUGCAGUAGCAGCACAAACCCCUCCAAAGGCCUCCCUCCCCCCAUCGUCUCCUCGCCUUGUUACGUGGAGGGUGUCUCUUCUCUGCAGCGCUGCAUGCGCGGCGAUGACGGCUUUGGUGCUCUUCCAGAUGGAGAGAAAGAAGAGACAGAAGGCCGCGAUAACGGAGACACUUUCAAUAGGUCGUCCGUUAGUAGGAGGAAGCUGGGUCUUAGUAAACUCUGCUGCACAGCUAUGCAGCAAUAAAGAUUUUAAAGAUAAAUAUCUUCUGCUGUACUUUGGGUUUUCUUUUUGCCCCGACAUUUGCCCAAAAGAGCUGCAAAAAAUCGCUGAAGUUAUCGAACAAAUCGAUAAAGAGUUUGGAGAGGUGGUUCAGCCGGGGCAGAUAAAGAAUAUUACUCGCAAAUUUAGAGUUUAUUUUAAUGAGACCGCGAGAACGGGAGACGAAGAAUACCUUGUAGACCAUUCUAUCAUCCACUACUUCAUGGGGCUGGACGGUUCUCUUAAGGAUUUCUUUGGCCAGAAUAUGACUGCAAGAGAAAUAGCACAGAAAAUAUCAAAGCAUAUCAAAGAAGACAGAAUAAAGAAAGAACAGCGGCGAAGCAAGCCAAACCCUAAACCCUAA